AUGAGCACGGCAGGCCGGGUCCUCCUGGGGCUUGCUCUGAGUUUGGCCACUACUGCUAAGCCAGAGGAGGGCAGCUUUUGCUCGAAGAGCCAAGUGGCUUUCAGAGACUCUUGCUAUGAGUUUGUGCCUUUGGGUUGCUCUUUCUAUGGUGCCCAGAGCUGGCGUGAGAGGCAAGGAAGCCAUCUGGUCUUUAUCCAUGAGGAAGGCACCCAGCAGUUUCUACAGAAGCACAUCUCUCAGGACAGGGAAUGGUGGAUUGCGCUCACAGGGAACUCAGCUCAGAAUGGAAACACAGGAGGGCCGGGGAUCUGGCUGGACACCUCCAAUGUGAACCAUAGCCACUGGCAUGAAGGGCAGGCCUCUCCUGCUCCCCAAACCUGCAGCUCCAUUGGGAGAGACCCUUCUUCCAGGUGGGCUGCCUAAGACAACUACACACAGUCAUUCGCCUUCAUCUGCAAGUUUGUCACCUUACCUCUUAUAAGUGUUGACCAGAGCCUGGCCUGCGAGGGCCUCAAUGCCAUCAUGCAGUGUGGCUUGGGAGAGGUCAUCCGGAUCCAGGAUGCCUUCUGUGGGUGCCAGACUCCUUAUUGCACCCGGGACGCUGGGCGCCCCUUGGACCUGGAGGAGGAAUGCAGCUGGCUCAGCGUCAAGGACGAAGUGGCAGGACAGUGCCAGGGGUUGCAGGCAUGCCAAGUGGCAGCAAAUGGGACCUUCUUUGGAGACCUGUGCCCCACUCGGGGCAUCCUACGGAUGCAAUACCAGUGUCAGGAAGACCUGCAGCUUACAGUGUCCAGUGAGAGUUUCAUCUUUGACAGUGGCACCAUCUCCCUGCGGUGGCUCCCCUCUCCUUAGGUUGGAAACCUGGCCUGUAUCAUUAGUACCAGGGACAGCCACACAUUUGAUCCUUACUGCCCCCCUAGCACCGUGAUCCACCAAUUUACAACACCUGGGAAAUUCACAAUAUUUGCUGAGUGCACAACUAGUGAGUGGCAUGUGACGGCUCAGAAGCAAGUGACAAUUCAAGACAAGAUGGAGAAAUUCUCUGUGACUGGGUGCUCUGGCCUGUCCAAGUCAGGAGCCAGCCCUUUCUGCCAGGCUGUCUUCGGGGACCCUGUGUGGAUUCAGGUGGAGCUCAAUGGAGAAACAGGGGUGACUUACAAUGUGCUGUCAGAUAACACAACCCCAGCUGAGGCCACCACACAGAGGGGACUGCCUCCCUGUAAUCUGAUCCUGGACAGAGCAGCACAGCAACAGAUGGGCCCAGGGAUGCACCACCUGGAGAUCCGAGCCACCAGCAACACCGCCACCUCUGCACCUUCCACUAACAUCACAGUCCACUUCAUGGAGCCUCUGUCAGGGCUGCGGGCCUCCUGGGCUUCUGACCACUUGGAGCUUGGACAGGACCAAUUGGUCAAUGUCUCAGUGGCUCAUGUCAUCCCAGAAGAGUUGGCUUUUGAGGUAGCAGGACUCAAUGCAUCCUUCUCCCAUGAGGAAAAGAGCUUUGGAUGGCCCUCUGGGUUUUAUCAUGUGACAGGUCCUCUUGAAGGUACCACCUUUCUAGUCACCAUGCUGGUGAGGAAUGCCUUCUCAAACUUGAGUUUGGAAAUUGGAAGCAUCACUGUUGCAGCUCCUUCCAGUCUCCAAGAAACCUCUGGAACAGAUGCUGAGGAAGAGAACAUGAAUAAAAGGGAUGUGGAGGUAUAUGUGGAACCUGGUCGGUAUGUGGACCCUUUCACAACAAUGACUCUGGGCUGACCGGACAGUGACGAGGAUUUACGCUUCCAGUGGUCAUGUGAGAAGACCCAGCCCCUCCCGGCAGCCUGCAGACUCUGAAGAUUUUGGCCACGUUCGUUAACCCUCCUUCAGAGCAACACCUCCACAUUGUUGCCGAACAGCUCCCUCGGAAUCAGCAUCCUCUGUCUUCAUUUCCCAGCAAUGACUGGGCAUGCCUACAGGGAAGACACCUAUGUUACCAGCUCUCUGGCUCCCACUGAGGUGCCCACCUGCACCAUUGCCCCGGAGGAGGGCACUGUUCUAACAAGCUUCGCCAUCUUCUGCAAUGCUUCUGCUGCCCCGGGACCCCUGGAGUACUGCUUCUGUCUGGAAUCAGGUUCCUGUCAAUAAUGUGGCUCUGCACCUGCCCUCCCAUCAGUUUAUCUGCCACUUGGAAAAGAAAACAAUGACUUUGUGCUGACAGUGGUCAUUUCUCUUUCCAGUCAUGCAGGAGACAGCACACCCAUGCAGCAGUUAAGGUAGGUAGGACUUGGAGACACUCGUGUUGAAGAUGCAACAUUCCAGGCUGCGGUGUCAAAGAACAUUACUGCGGCUCUACAAAGUGAGCAGGGCCCAGAGCGGCUCUCCCACCUGGCAAAGUCUGUGUCCUCUAUGCUAGACCAGGAGUGCCAGGGGCUGGGAUGCAGGCAAUCACAGAGAAUGGAUGCCAGGCAGAAGGUCAGAGAGCGUGUGCUGGGGUCGCUGUCUGCAGUCUCUACCACCCUGGGGGACAUGGAAAGGGUGCAGGACCUGGCCCCGGUGAAGAGAGAGGUGACCCUUCCGAAUGAGGAGCUCAUGCCCUUGGCCCAGGUGAGUCGUUCUCACCCGCUGAGCCCGGCCAUGGGACAUGUACCUCUGCGAAUUCAGCCCCAGCGUUGGCAAGGCUCCUCUGUGCACAUCGCUGCUGCCAGCUCUGUGACCUUCAUCCUGCCUGCUGCCUCCUCCCUUGGCUCGACGGAGGACAGUCAGGAGCCUGUGGACAUAAGGAUGAUGAGUUUCCCAAAGAGCCCUUUCCCAGACCAAAGCCAAUUUGAUGUCAGUGGAACUGUUGGUGGCCUCUCUCUGACCAGCCCUAGUGGACAGCUCACACCCAUGAAGAAUCUGUCAGAGAAUACUGAGAGCCUGCUGCCUCAGCCUUCAGAAGGGCACGGCGAGCCAGCCGUCUUGAAUAUGACCAGUCCUGAAGCUCUGUGGGUGAACCCGACUUCAGAGGGGAUGGCUUUGGGGAUCCAGCUGCACGCAAAGCCUAACAUCCUGCUCACACUCAGCCUGGGCUAUGGCUACCACCCCAACGAGACCAGCUGCGAUGCCAAAGCUCACCUCCCACCAAUGGUUUCUUCAGAUGGGCUGUCCACAUGGAUCCUGAGCCCAGAGGACUUGCAUUUUGGAGCAGGUGUCUACUAUCUGACUGUGACCCCUGAGUCUGACCUGGAGCUGACCCCAGGCAGAGACCUCACAGUUGGCAUCACCACCUUCCUCUCCCAUUGUGUGUUUUGGGAUGAGGUCCAGAGGACUUGGGACAACUCUGGGUGCCAGAUGGGGCCACGGACCACCCCUUCGCAGACACACUGCCUCUGCAACUACCUGACCUUCUUUGGAAGCUCGUUCUUGGUGGUGACCAAUGCCACUGAUGUCCACCAGACCAGGGAGUUCUUUGCCACCUUUGAGGGCGACCCCGUGGUUGUGACCACUGUGGGCUGUCUCUGCAUGGCCGAUGUGCUGGUGAUAAUCUGGGCAAGGAGGAAGGAUGCUCAGGACCAGGCCAAGGUGAAGAUCACAGUGCUGGAGGACAAUGAUCCCUUUGCCCAGUACCACUACCCGGUGACAGUCUACACUGGACACUGGAGAGGGGCAGCUACUUCCUCAAAGGUGACUACCACCCUUUAUGGUCUGGAUGGAGAGAGUGAGCCCCACAACCUGUCAGACCCUGACAUCCCAGUUUUUGAACGAGGAGGAGUAGCUGUCUUCUUACUCUCCACCCUGUUCCCUCUGGGAGAACUGCGCCUGCGGCUGUGGCAUGACAACUCAGGGGACCAGCCAUCUUGCUACCUAAGCCGCGUGCUGGUGCAUGACCUGGCGGUGGAUCAGAAGUGGUAUUUCCUCUGCAACUCGUGGCUAUUCGAUGUCGGAGACUGUGUCCUUGACAAAGUAUUUCCAGUUGCCACAGAGCAGGACAGGAAAGAAUUCAGACACCUGUUUUUCAUGAAGGCCUGCAUGGGCUUCCAGGAUGGACACAUUUGGUAUUCCAUCUUCAGCUGCUCAGCCUGGAGCAACUUCACCCACGUCCAGAGGGUGUCUUGCAGCUUCUCCCUGCUCCUUUGCACCAUGCUGACCAGCAUCAUGUUCUGGGGUGUCCUCAAGGACCCAGCUGAGCAAAAAAUGGACUUGGGUAAAAUUGAAUUCACUUGGCAAGAAGUGAUGAUUGGACUGGAGAGCUCUCUCCUCAUGUUCCCCAUUAACCUCCGAUGGUUCAGAUCUUUAAACACCCAUCCUCGGGUCACUAAGGAGCAGAACCCUGGGAAAUGGGACAGGGGGUCUCCCAGCCCAGCCCCCUCACCACAGCUCAUGGAGGAUGGCCUUCUGGCAACUGAAGCAGUGACCAAGGAUAUGUGGAGACUUGUCAGCUCCCUGUUGAAAGCUCUAAAGGUGCCAUCCCCUGCCUCAGGCUGGGGCUUGAUGGACAUCAACCAACUUCUGGCCUUGCUGGAAGACAUCAUCUGUCUGCAGAACAUGGCAGGGCAGAUGUUCUGGGAAGAAGCCAAACAGAGAGAGGACCUGUUAAUGUUCACUCUUGGGUCAGUACAAGUGAAAGACAAAAUGCAAUGCCUGCCACGUGAGGUGGGCUCAAGUGACUCUUGGAAGAACAGUGUGUACAGGCAGUGUCUCUACCUUCGGCUGGAGCAUGUGGAACAAGAGCUGCGGAUGGUGGGUCCCAGAGGCUUCCCCCAUCGCCAGGGCUAUACCCGGGCCCUCAGGCAGCUGCAGACCCUGAAGAGCUGCCUCAGGGGGCAGCUGGACACUCUGCCACCUCCAGCAUAUACCAGCUCCCAGAGAAUAAGCAAGCCUCCACAGGGCCUGCCCUGCUGGUGUGUCCUGGUGGGUUGGCUCCUGGUGGCAGCCACCCGUGGUAUGGCAGCCUUCCUCACUAUGCUAUAUGGCCGGCACUACGGACGGACCAGCUCUCUCAAGUGGCUCAUCUCCAUGGCCAUCUCCUUUGUGGAGAGUGUGUUUGCCACCCAGCCUCUGAAGGUGCUGGGGUUUGCUGCUUUCUUUGCUCUGGUCUUAAAGAGCAUGGAGGAUGAAGAGGAGCCUCUGGUCCCUCUCCCAGGACAUCUGUCCAGCCCAGACCCCUCUGCCUUGUUCCAAGUGCAGAGAAACAGCAAAAAGGAUGUCUACCAGCCACCUCUGCCCACUGAUAUUGAAAAGAUGAAAACUACCCAUCUCAAGGAAUAGAAAGUGUUUGCCGUAAUCAGAGAAAUCUUGGAGCCGAGGGGUUUGUGCAGGAGGAGGAGCAUGUGCACACUGAAGAGUUCCAAGGGGUGUGAGCAGAGCCAUUUCGGCGAGACAGCAGCAGCAGAUGCUGCCCUUGGUUACAUCAUUGCCCUCCUGAUACUGCUAUCAGCCCUCCUGAAACUUUGGCAUCUGCUCAGACUGAACUCCAAAAUGAACAUGAUCACAUCAGCUCUGCACUGUCCCUGGGGGAACAUUUCAGGCUUUGUCACUGUCAUCAUGUUCCUGGCUUACUCCAUUGUGUCAAACUUAAUAUUUGGUUGGAAACUCUGUUCCUACAAAACCCUCUUUGAUGCAGCAGAAACGACAAAGCUUCAGCUAGGAAUCUUCAACUACGAGGAGGUCCUGGACUAUAGCCCAGUGCUCAGCUCCCUUCUUAUUGGGUCCUGCAUUGUUUUCAUGACAUUUCUUGUGCCGAAUCUAUUUUUCUUUGUCAUCCUGGUGGCCUUCAAUGAACAGCAAAAAUACUAUCAGCUGUCAGAGGAAGGAGAGACUGUUGAUUUGCUGCUGAUGAAAAUAUUCAGUUUCCUGGGCAUUAAAAGUAAAAGACAGGAGCCUGAAAACUGCAGUGAGCAGCCCGAGCAAGUUGCUGUUAGAAGCUCAGCCCCGUCAAUGUGCACCAGCUGCGCUGCGGGGUUAAGCUGUUCGCCUGUACACUAUCAUCUGUGGAGUCCGCAGAAGGCUAGAGCCUCGGGCCUACACUUACAGGGAUUCUGUCCUUGCUCCAAGUCAAUGUUUUCUGUGUCCAUCAAUGUUACCAAGCCUGGCAAGUAA